GUUGAAACUACAGGAACUUGACAGCGUGGUUGUGUUUAUGUCCAAAUGAUUUAGCAGGUAGCGGUUUAUGUUCUUGAAACCGAACUGAAAUGAGGAACCUGAAGCUGGUGAAGUGUGUGUGCUGGUCAGAGCUGGACAGUCCGGGCUCUCCUCAGUGUGUAUCAGUCAGGACGGAUACAGGAACAUUAGUGAUCUGCUCUCAGUUCUCCAUCACUGAAUACAACAGCAGUACAGGACAGAUAUUGAACGAGGUAUCUCUGACAGCAGAGAACUAUCUUCCAGAGGAUGGCACAGGAGUUGUUGUGGGUGUUCAGGAUCUUCCAGAUCAGGAAUCGGUCUGUGUGGCCACUGCUCAAGGCGAUGUUAUUUUGUACAACCUCAAUACAAAUCAGUUGGAGUGUGUUGGGAGUGUGGAUAGUGGACUGACUGCCAUGAGUUGGAGUCCAGACCAGGAGCUGGUGACACUCUGUACAGGUCAGGAGACAAUCAUCAUGAUGACUAAAGACUUUGAGCCAGUAACUGAGGUGGCCAUUCACCAGGAUGAGUUUGGAGAAGGUAAAUUCAUUACUGUAGGAUGGGGAAAGAAGGAGACACAGUUUCAUGGCUCAGAAGGAAAGAAAGCUGCUCAGAGGAAAGCUGCUGAGGUGCAGCCAGCUGUAUCAUGGGACGAUCGCAGUCCAAGAAUCACGUGGAGGGGCGAUGGGCAGCUCUUUGCUGUCAGUGCGAUCUGCCCUCAGACAGGUGCUCGGAAAGUCAGAGUGUGGAACAGGGAAUGUGUCCUGCAGGCUACCAGUGAAGUGAUCAAUGGUCUUGAACAGGCUCUGAGCUGGAAACCUUCAGGUAGCUUGAUAGCCUCGACUCAGCGACACCCUAACAAGCACAGUGUUGUUUUCAUGGAAAAGAACGGUCUGCUGCAUGGAGAUUUUACUUUGCCCUUCUCUAAAGAUCAAGUUAAGGUGAAGGAGUUGCUUUGGAACAGUGACUCCACAGUGCUGGCUGUUUGGCUUGAAGACCUGAAACAAGGAGAACAUGGCAACCCCAACACUUACAUUCAGCUGUGGACAGUAGGAAAUUACCACUGGUACCUGAAACAGAGUCUGCAUUUUGCAAGUGACCCACUGAAAGCUCCAGUCUGUAUCUGCUGGGACCCCGAGAAGCCUCUACGCCUUUACUUGCUAACUCGAGCUUGGACCAGCUACACAUACGACUGGGGCUGGUGUACAGAUCGCAGUCUUGGACAUGAUUUGAAUGAUAACGCCAAUGUGGCAGUGAUUGAUGGAGAUAAGAUUUUAGUGACAACAUUUCGGCAGUGUGUGGUUCCUCCACCUAUGUGUUCCUAUGAGCUACGCCUUUCUGCUCCCAUCAACCUUGUAACUUUUCACUCACAUCUUCAGAGAACCAAUGAGCUUGCUGCAUUAACAGCAGAUGGGUAUCUUCAUAUUUUUGGUCAAGCCAAAGAUGAGAGUGAGCUUAUGAAGGAUGCGUCUGGCUUUAGAGUCAUCUCUAAACCACUGGUGAUACAAAAGACCUACAGUGUUGCAGUGGCCCAGGAGGGGGUGCUGUCGCUGCGCUUGUUGCUUUGGCUGAGGGAGGAUAUUUUUGCAGCUGUGGCAUGUGAUAAAAACCCAGCCUGGUCACGAAUACUUAUACUUGCUCCGGAAACUAUAGAGGACCAGGGAAACGGACUAAAGAUCAGGUCAGAAAUCAAAGUGGAAGGUCAUGUGAUAAGUAUGUGUCACAGUCCGAAAAGCGAUUCAUUGGCUUUGCAGCUGGAGGAUGGUCAGAUCAGGAGAGUGCAAUGGGACUCUACAGAGGUAACAGUAACAGACUGGAAGGACUCUCUGGGGUGCAGUGUUAGCUUCCCCCGGCCCUGUGUGCACACUGCGUUAUGUACUGUCAGUGGACAGGAGCAUGUGAUUGGUCUUACAGAAAGAUCCCACCUUUACAUCGGUAACUCUGAGGUAGCAUCUAAUAUUUCCUCCUUUGUUGUGUAUGAUGAGUUUCUCCUUCUCACCACACAUUCUCACAUGUGUCGCUGCCUCCUUCUGACCAGCAUGUCUGUCAAAGAUGUGCAGGUGGCUCUGAGUUCAGAAGCAGUUCAGAAUGAUGAAAGUACACGUAGAGUGGAGAGAGGCUCUCGCAUUGUUACUGUGGUGCCUCAGGACACCAGACUUAUGCUACAGAUGCCUCGUGGUAACCUUGAAACCAUCCAUCAUCGAGCUCUCGUGUUGGCGCAAGUUAGGAAGUGGCUUGAUGAGCUAAAAUUCAGAGAUGCUUUUGAGUGCAUGAGGAAGCUGCGGAUCAACCUCAACCUCAUCUAUGACCACAAUCCCAAGGUCUUCCUGGAGAAUACUGAAGUCUUUCUGAAACAGAUGAACUCAAUCAACUACAUUAACCUUUUUUUCACAGAGCUCAAGGAGGAGGACACAACCAAGACAAUGUACCCAUGUCCAGCGAAUGCUGCAUGCCAGUCGGCUUCAGGAACAGGAGCAGCAGGACAGGGGAAGUUGAAAGUGGACACUGUCUGCGAUGCUCUGCGCUCAGCUAUGGAGACUCUUGAUCCACAAAAAUAUUGCUUGUGCAUUUUAACAUCACAUGUGAGGAAGACGACACCAGAGCUGGAGACUGCUUUACAGAAGGUUCAUGAAUUACGUGUGAACCCACCGAGUGUGGAGAAUGCUGUGAGCGCAGAGGAGGCUCUGAAGUAUCUUUUGUUCCUGGUAAAUGUAAACGAGCUGUACGAACACUCACUGGGCACCUACGAUUUUGACCUGGUUCUCAUGGUAGCAGAAAAGUCACAAAAGGACCCUAAGGAGUACCUCUCCUUCCUGAACAUGCUAAAAACCCUGGAGCCAAAUUACCAGCGCUACACAAUCGACAAGCACUUGAAGAGAUACAAGAAAGCGCUGCUACAUCUCAGCAAGUGUGGAGAGGAACACUUCACUGAGUUAUUAAAUCUGGUGAAAGAUCAAAAGCUGUACACUGAAGUUCUGCAGCUCUAUCCUGUGGAUAGCCAGCAGUACAAGACACUAAGCGUGGCCUAUGCUGAACACCUGAUAGAGGAGCAGCAGGCCGAGCAGGCAGGGCUCAUACUGUGGCGAUGUGGAGAGCUGACUCGGGCUUUGCAGGCCUUUAUCAGCUGUACAAGCUGGAGACAUGCCCUUGCCGUGGCAACACACAUCCCUGUGCCACCCACACAGCUGGCACAGAUUGCCAGAGAACUAGGAGAAAAGCUGCUGGAGAUGAGAAGACAUACAGAUGCUGCUGUGCUGUUGGAGCAGUAUGCUAAGGACAGUGAGGAGGCGAUCUCAGCUCUCAUACAGGGGGCUGCAUGGGAGGAAGCCCUCAGACUAAUCUACCUUUAUAACAGGCAGGAUAUUAUUGAAACCAAUUUGAAGCCUGCUCUUCUUGAAGCUCACAGUACUCAGGCGGCCUUUGUCGAAUCUCAGAAAGUACUGUUUACACGUCACAAGAACCGCCUGGCUGUUGUGCGAGAGUUGAAGGAGAAGGCCAGGCUAGAGCUCAUUGAUGAGGAUGGUCCUGACUGCGCAGACGCUGAGCUCUUCUCAGAGGCUAGCAGCGUGAUGACUGGAAGCCGUAUCGGAUCAAAGUACUCGCAAAGCAACUCUCGCAUCUCAUCGAGAUCAUCUAAGAACCGUAGGAAGGCAGAGGGAAAGAAGCACAGUUUAAAAGAGGGAAGUCCCUUUGAGGAUAUUGCCCUGCUUCAUGCCCUCAUUCAGAUCAUCCAAGUCGCUGACCAAAUGAUGGAGGAGAUGCACAGUCUGCUGAAAGCUCUGGUGCUGUUUCAGUUUGAUAAGCCAGCCAGAAGCCUGCAGUCUGACUACAGUGAGCUACUCGCACUCAUCAAGACGAGCAUUCCAGAAAUCUGGCAGGAAGGACUUCAGCAAAGCAACACACCAAUUACUGGCCCAAACUCAACAGCCAACAGCAUCAUGGCUUCUUUUCAGCAACCCAGAGCAGCUACCAUACCUCAACAAGAUGCAGAGAGCCUCACACCACCCAAGCUUCGCCAGUCUGUCAAAUGGAAACUCUCAAUACUCCAGUAGUUGACUGUUCCUAAACCAUGGAUUUUACAGUGUGCCAUUAAAUAAUGCAAUAUAUAACAAUCAAAA